AUGUCCGAGGUUCAGAUCAACAAAACCGACAUCAACAAGCUGAUCAUGAACUACCUGGUCAUCGAAGGGUACAAGGACGCUGCCGAAAAGUUUCACUUCGAGACGGGCAUCGAGCCCAAUGUCGAUCUGUCGUCGAUCGAAGACCGCAUGUAUAUCCGCAACGCCCUUCAUAUCGGAAACGUUGACGAGGCUAUCGAACGUGUCAACGACCUGGAUCCAGAGAUCCUGGACUCCAACCCAAAGCUAUUUUUCCAUCUCCAGCAGCAAAAGUUCAUCGAGCUGAUCCGCUCUGGGAACACGGAGCAAGCCCUGGAGUUUGCUCAGGAGGAACUGGCCCCACGCGGCGAGGAAAACCCCGAGUUUCUGGAGGAGCUCGAGCGGACCAUGGCCCUCUUUGCCUUUGAAGACACAUCUUCAUCGCCGGUCGGCGACCUGCUCGACAAUACGCAGCGACAAAGGACCGCCAACGAGCUGAACUCGGCCAUUCUCACGGCCCAGUGCCAAGAGAAGGACCCCAAGCUCCCGUCGUUACUGAAGAUGCUAGUUUGGGCUCAGACCCAACUCGAGGAAAAGGCGGUCUUUCCCAAAGUGAGGGAUUUUGUCACCGCCAAGCUGGAGGAUCCUGUGCCGUCUGCGCAAUGA